AGGUUGCAGAAUAAGAUUUGGCUGAUAAUACAUGUAAAUGGCUUUUUCCAUUUCAAACUCUUCAGUAUUAUAUGGUUCGAAGAGAAGUCCACAAAGCCUAUUUGGUUGGAAUAUAGGCAAGAAAACUUCUAAUGAUCGGCCACAGCCUAAGUACCAUGACGUCGAUCUUCCUUUCCCACUUUCUCUUGUUGACAAUACUUUCUUAAAAGGUAGAGAGCUCAAGUGCUGUUACAAAGCUACCAUAGAUGGAUUUAGUGCAACAAAUUUCCACAAUUGCAGUGACUUCAAGGGACCAUGUGUUGUUAUAGGCUACACAAACAAGUCCUUUAAGUUUGGUGCAUUUAACCCUGAAGGCUACAGGAGCACAGAUGAUUACUAUGACUCUUUUGAUGCGUUUCUCUUCUACUGGACAGACAACGACAAGAACAAGAUCGAACCCAUUGUUGUUUUACCUAAAGUUGGGGGAAGCGGUGCUGCCCUUUUUGAUUACGCAAGGGGUGGGCCUCAGUUUGGGGCCGAUGGGUUACUCAUUGGGCCACCACUGGCACCGGUCAUGGGCGUGUUCACGGGGCCUGAUGCCAGUUCUGGAGUUGGUGACUUGAGACGAGCAAAGUCUAGAUUGGGAUUGUCUUAUGCAAAAAGAGCUGACGGGAAGGAGUCUAUCUUUGGUGACGAGUUCAAUGCCACUCUUGAAGAAGUCCAAGUCUUCUGCAGUCCUCAGAUCGCAAGCUUAUACUAAUAAAAUCCAAACUGAUUGAUCCCACCAAGUGAGUACAAAACCGACCAAAAGUUGAAAGGGUAUGUCUAAAGGUGACCUUUCUCAAUCGACUGGCUUAACUAUGUUACAGUGUCAUCUUUAAAUCUGCAGCAAAUAUUGCAAAGGUCCAUAGCAAAUUUGACAAGUACAGUGACUGAAGACGACAGUGGAGUCAGGUCAUGAAAGUUGAAGCAUAAGCACUGCAAUAGCUACAUCAUUCGUCUCGCCGGAAAUUACAUAUCUUUGAGUUACAUUAGAAAAAUUUAAGCCUGAACUCAUUUCCUACCUUUCCCCAUGUCAUCCUCGGUCUAUCCUUACUCAACUAACUAGGUAAAUAACUGGGAAACUGUAUUAAAUAUCCAACAUUUGCAGCAGCAACUAUAAUAACAAUGACAGAUCGCAAUAUGCAAGAA